UUUAAUACGUUUGGUUGCUUGGUUUAUGAGUUGUGGACUUGUGGCUUAUGAUUCCAGCAGAGAAGAUUGACUUUUGGCUUGAAAUGGCCCCUGGCUUUCAUUUGCAAUGUUAGUGUUCCUUGUUUUUGCUUGAAGUCGAAAAUUUUCUACUCAUAAAUCCUUCUGUGUCUGUAAUCACGUUUAUUGCUCAUCGUAACAAGAAUGUGCAUUUGUGUUUGGAGAAUGAAAUAAUGUUAAGCGUAGUUUACAGAUAUAUUUAGGCAAAUUGGUAAGAGGGAGGGAGAAGUGAUAAUGUAGAUAUUUGAGGAACAAAUACUAUCUUGUUGAGCAGUGGAUGUAAGGAUCCUGAAUUUACCUGUUUCACUAGGUUUCAUAUUGGUAUGCUUUUUUACUAUAGAGUUACAUCGGAGGAAGAAGAAAUGUGUUUGUUUUGCUAUUUUAAACUUCAAGGCUGCAAAAGCAAUCCAAUAUGUCAUAUCUUCAUAACAUUAUGUACAUCUCACUAUGUGUUUUCUUACGGGUCUUUAGUUUUCCUCUUAUCGGCAACUAUGUUAGAGUUCUAUUUCUAGUUAUAUUCUGUGUUUCAAAGGCCUUUUCCAUUUUUGAAAUGGGCUGACAGAGAUCUUACUGCUUAUAAAUGUGACUUACAAUAAUCCUUUUUGACAACCUUCUGGAUUUAGUCUGAUAUGACGUGGACCACCAACAAAACAUUUAGUACCUUCUCUCCAACCAAUGAAAAAUGCAAAUUGAAUUAUUUAUGAGAGUGAUAGGAACCUGGGACCUUCAACACCUGAAUCACAACACUCUAGCAAAGUAACACACCAGAAAUUAACCGUAAAACCUACACUGUUGUUAUAUAUAUGAGCAAGAAGAACUACAACACAUUUACAAGGUUGGUUUCUUGCAGUAGGUAGCAAACAAUAAAACAAAUAGAAAACCCAAACUGGUGUGCAGCAAUUUGAGGAGCUGGAGACCUCCCAAAUCAGCCAAAGCUACCUGGUAAACCCAAAAACAAUAAUCUUCUCUGCAUUCCCCUCUCUUGCCUCCUCUUUUUAUCCCUUUUUGCUUUUUUUUUCUCUUUUACCAGUCAUGUAGCCUUCUCCCUUAUGUGGUCCUCCCCUUCUUUUUUGCCCUCCUGUGGAAACAGAUGCAUUUACCUAACAGGGAGGAUUCAAUUUCUUGCUCACGUUAUGUAUAGAAUGCUUCCAUAAAGAUUGUGAAGUCUGAUUUCCAUUCACUCCAAUCUUUAACAGUCUAAUUGCAUUGAUGAAGAAGUUCUUUUGGAAGAUUUUGUUUGUUCUGAGGUGUGAUGCGAAAAUUGUCCAAGAUUUAUACAAAGGUUGGAUGCUGUUUCAUUGUAAUUAAAGUGCCAGGUAGACUGGUUUUAAAUACAAGCAUCACUGUAGCACAAAAAUCACAACAUGUCCAGCAGAUCAUACUACCAACCAAUUUCAUCAUUCUGUUUAUGAAACGUGUAGCCUUCGUGUCUAUUAACAUCAAAAGUUGUUGUGAUUCUUGCUACUUAUAAUAACUAAUCAGUUAUUCAUCAUCUUAAUAUUUUAGAUUUGGUCAACAACAGUAAAUAUUAAUUAGAAAGGAUAGAUAAUGAGAAUAAAAAAAUUUAUAGGCCCAAACCGUAAACUAGACUAGAUUUAUCCAAAAUUUUCUAGUUUGGUUUGAAGCAAAAAAUGGUUUGGUCUGAGAUAUUGUGAAACCGUUUUUCUUGGUUUUAUUUAAAUUUUUUCCUAAACCUGACUGUACACAGCCUUAGAAGUGAAUAUAAUAAGUAGCUGUAGUUCUAGAAAGAAGGAAGUCAGCUGGCACAAAUGCAACCUCGUACUCGCAUGUGCUUAUCACCUCACUCUAAUUGGCUGUGUUCAUGUCCCGUUUUAGUUCCCAGCAUCAAUUCCACACAACUUCUCCUCACCAUCACACAACACAAACCUCACCAAAAAUAAAUCGUCUCUGCUUUUUUCUGUUUUUAUUAUUUGUUUAUUUCACUUUAUAACUCAAGCUCCUUAUAUUCUUCACAUAUCAGAGAUCAGAAUUAUAAGGUCAGUAUAUUUUUGUGCACAUGUUAUUUUCUCACUGAAAAGAGAAUCGCCUGCCAAACGUGAAAGCAAUUCAAUACACCCCUCAGGCCAUGGAAAAUUACAUAAGUCUCCCUCAGGAUUUCUGAAAAGUCAGUCUCCAAAGAAAGCAAAUGUGCCUGAGAUUCGAAUUGAAGGCAAACAACAAGCUCCACAGUACUUGAGACAAAUUUAGUUCUGGACUCUUACAACUUCUUAACCUUAGUUUUUUAUCUGGGUUUGUGUCAAAAUGAAGUUUUGGCUUGUUGGGUUAUUGAGAGUGGCAUGGGUAGCUGGGACAUUGCCUAUCAUCAUUGCUUCUUUACCAAGUUCCCGCCUCCAUCUAUUUCAUGAAGCUUUGAUGGGGUUUGCUAAGAGAGGGAAGAUAAUGCAUUCAUCAUCAUAUCAUAGGUAUGCAGUUUGGCGUUCAGUCUUCCUUCUGUUGUUGAUGGAAACUCAAGUCUUGAGACGGCUUGUAGAAACAGUGUAUGUGUUUAAGUAUAGUCCUUCAGCUCGGAUGCACAUUUUUGGCUAUCUAACUGGCAUGUUUUUCUACACAGCAGCUCCAUUGUCGCUCUGCUGCAAUUUGACACCAGAAUUGUUUAGAUUUGUAGCAGAUCUCUUGGCUGAGUUUACCAUUAAAGGAAAGAGUCAUAUGCCAGCAUUUGAAUCUGAUUUGCUGGGAUCUGUGGAUAAUCUUCUGAAGCUUAGAUGCCUUCAAUGGAUUGGUGCUGCUAUAUUUCUACAGGGUUGGACACAUCAACGCCGUUGUCAUGCAAUUCUUGGCUCACUGCGGGAACAUGCAGAACGGGUUGAUGAUUAUGUUGUUCCUCAUGGAGAUUGGUUUGAAAUUGUUUCAUCUCCACACUAUCUGGCUGAGAUUGUUAUAUAUGCUGGUCUGUUGGUGGCUAGUGGAGGAGAAGAUCUCACCAUAUGGUUGCUUUUUGGAUUUGUGGUGGCAAAUCUUGUAUUUACAGCAGCAGAGACACACAGGUGGUAUUGGCGUAAAUUUGACAAUUAUCCAAGUAACCGAUAUGCUAUUAUUCCUUUUGUUUACUAGUACUUGUUGCAUCUUUGACUUUCUACACCAUAAGUUAUGAUCAACAUCAGUUUGUUGAACAAUUACACCUCAGAUUCCUGGUUUAUCUAUUCUCUUGUUAAAUGUUUA